AUGAUGCCCCGCAGCAUCUUCGUGCUGGUACUCGCCGUCAUGUACGCGGCAGCACAGACGGCAGCCCCCAUCAGUACUGCAAAAGCUCCUUCUUCGUCGAGCUCAACCUCGUCGUCGAUGGUGCCGUGUUCAUCUAUGGUGAUCCAAACAGCUACCAAGAGAUUGUUCUCCGACCGCACGAGUCCACUGACGGCGUGUGCGCAGUCGCUGGAUUUGCUGCCCAAUCAGUACCUUGACCUCGAACGACCUACCGCCACCCACUGCCGGCUCCUGGUCAACAACACCCAUUGCAGUGCCUUCAACGAUGCCUACAACGCAGCCAUGAUGUCCAUCUCCCCCGUAUGCUUGCUCUCUCCAACUCAACCGUCGUCCGUUCCCAAGCCAUACGACGCCUUUGUCAUGGACUGGUGCCGCACCAGGAUGACGGCGGCGCCCCCCAAC